UCUCUUGGCCAAGGCCGGGUAGGUGAGGUGAGAGUAGAUAUCGGGAGGUUGCGUAUGUGAGACAAGAUCGGGGAAACGAACGCGUUGACGACAACGUAAUGAAUGGAGCCUUUCGGAUGACGAGAGCGAGGGUCGGCUUCGGGGUUUUUCCCUCUUUUUCUUCUUCUUCUUGUUCUUUUUCUUUUAGAGGGGGGAAGUUCUGUUCCACGACAUUUAGUGUUGCCGGUCCGGGGAGUUUCUAUUUUCUAUCUUGCCCCUCUUCCUUCUCUUGUCUCUUCCUUAUUUUACUUUUAUUGCUAAUAAUACUAAUAAUGCUAAUAAUAUGUCGGAUUUAAUAGCCGGAUCCUCGGUAGUUUCUGUCCACGUCGUGUCCCCGGUACCUGUGGGGGCCAAUCAGGAUGCGAGAUACAGUAUUAUUCCC